UAUAUUUAGAUUAAUUAUCCUUCUAUUUAAGAGUAUUAACAUGAUUGAAGUUUUCAUAAUCUUCUUUACAUAGAUAUCCAAGUGUGCGACUGAUUUUUUCAAUAAAAUUUAUCAAAAUAUAUCGCUCAAAAGAACUGAUUAUAAAAUUAGGUUUUCUAAAAGAAUAUAAUGGCUAUUCGUCUCGCGUAAUAACAAGAAAAUGCUUCGUAAAUUCCAUUGAUACAUUAAAAUUCCAUUGAUACUAUAAAAAUUAAAUUCUCUACAACUUUUUAUUUAGAAAAGUCGAUAUAUUCAAAUAUACCCGUGCAGUCCAUUUUUAACUCAUUUGUUGAUGUAUUUGUUUCUACAGGCAAAUUUUGCAUUAUAUGUAAAAUUUUAGCUUUUAGCGUAAAGUGAAACUUUAGUUUCCAAUGACAGAUUUCGAAUGGGCGAUUAGUAUAAAUCGGUUUAUGCUAAACAUCGUCGGUUUGUGGCCGCCAGAUCGUGAUUCGCGACAAAUCGUAGGACCGAAACUUCGACAGCUGUGCAGUUUUAUAACGAUAGUUUUCGUACUCAUGAUACCGAAUUUAAUAUCAUUGAUAAGAGUAUGGGGUGACAUGAUAUCAAUGAUAAAUAAUAUGCAACUUAGUCUACCUCUGACCAUUACAAUUUUGAAAGUCUGUAUUAUUUCGUACAAACAAGAAGUUUUAGCCCCUCUAAUUGAUAUGAUUGAAGAAGAUUGGAUGAAGGUAAAGAUUAAAGAGGAGCGAGACGUUAUGCUAAGAUACGCCAGAAUUACUCGUCCGAUCGCUAUGUGCGGAUUGUUCAUAAUAGUUUUAGCAUUAAUCAUUGGGUUUGGUUUACCAUAUCUUAAAAUGACAAGGAGAUAUAUUACCAACUUAACUAACUCUGGAAAACAUUUACCGAUACCAACAUACUACCUACACGAUGUGACCAAGAGUCCGCAGUUCGAGCUCACACUACUGGCGCAAAUUUUCGCAAUGAUCUUAUGUGGCAUGUUUUAUUCUGGGAUCGACAACUUGUUUGGACUAUUAGUUUUUCACGUAUGCGGUCAAUUAGAAAAUUUACAUUUGCGGUUGACACAUAUGAAGAAGUAUCUCAACUAUAACGAAAUUUUGAAAUAUAACGUCCAAGAUCACAUUCGUUUGAUCAGAUCUAUCGAAAUCAUUGACGAUACUUUCAAUUUAAUGCUACUUGGCAUGUUAUUUUACUUUGCAGGACUAUUUUGUCUGCAAGGAUUUCUCAUAAUUUUUGUUAUUAAUCAAAAAGACCAAUUAUCAGUUAUCCAGUUAAGUUGGUUUGUCCUGACGAUUAUAUCUGCUUGUUCACACAUGUGUCUUUAUUGUGCCGUUGGUGAAAUUCUAGUAACACGGAAUCAAAUGGCGCUGUCAGCUUUUACGAAAAAUCAUUUUACAACUUAAUUAAGUUUAAGCAAUUUAACAAAAUUGCUAAAUUGCUAAAAAUGUUUUCAAUUCCGCUAACUCAUUAUAG